AUAUUUGUCAAUUUCAUUUCCUUAUCUUAUGCACGUUCGCGGAAAAAUAUUUCUACUUUUGUAUGAAAGUUGCAGCCGUUUCACAUUUUAUAAAUUUUGUCGUUAAUACUACUCGAAGACUACAAUACUACAAUAGUAAAAUAAAUUAUUUUGUGGAAAAUAGCGUUAUGUUCUUAUUGGAAAAGUUGGUUGCCUGAUAUAAGUUGUGCAUUGUUUGUGUUUUUCAAUUAAAAAGAAUUCAGUUUCUGCGAAUCUACCAUAUUGCAAAAAUAUAUCAAAUAUUCUUGAAAUAGACCAACUAGGUUGAUCGGGGCUCGUGAAAAAUUAAUCAUACCACAGUUUGUGACUUCUAUUAAAAAUGUGUAUAUAGAUUUGCUUGUCGCUAUGGUUUUGAUGUUAUAACAAAAAUUGGAAAAAUAAAUAAAUUACCAUAUUCCAUUGAAGCCUGCUAAAAACAGUCGAAACGCUUCACACUGAUGGUAAUGUAUAGAUGUAUGUUUACGGUGGAUUCCCCAACCUUGAUAAUUGUAAGCACAUCAAUACGAGAAUCUUAUAAGUAAUUAUUAAUUCAAAUUAAGAGGAGAGGGGUGGCAAAUUGCGAAGACGUUUUGCUAACUUAAGAGAUAAGAGACGUGCUUUUGGAGAUAACAAGAAAAUCGCUACGAAUAAGCGGAAGUGUUCAUAGAAAAAUAAUAAUUGCUGUCAAUGACAUCACAAGUAGCACACCAUCAAACCUAAAUACGGUGGUGUCAAUAUAGUGGACUACUUUCACAGACAUUAAAAGCCAGUAUCUAUUCUUGUUGCAACAGUUCCACUUUGUGCUAUAGUGCUUUACAUGCAUUAUUAAAAAUAAGUAAAAUAAGUUAAAAUAAUUAUCGCGCUGGUAACAUCUUGAAUGAUUUGAAGCAUUUUUAAUUGUACCGUCAGCAAGGAUGGCCGGUGGCGUUGCUUCCAUUUCGCAGGGUAGCUCCGAAAGCCGUGCUAACCCAACAUGCACAGUUUGUUCAUCAUCAACAUAUUCUCGUAAUGCAAACAAUGAUAAUUUUCUGCAAAUCAUACAUUCCGAAGCGUUGUUGAGGGGCCUAAAUGCGUUACGUUGUGCGGAAAAACUGUUCGAUGUUACUCUGAUUGUGGAAGGACGUAUAUUUAAGGCUCAUCGUGUUGUAUUGGCGGCGUGCAGUGAUUACUUUUGCGCCAUGUUCACGGAUGCCAUGCGUGAAGCUCAUCAAUCUGAAAUAAAACUGAAUGGUAUAAACGCUCACGGUAUGGAACUGCUGCUGGAAUAUGUCUAUACAUCAAAAUUGGAAUUAGAUCGAAAUAAUGUGCAAGAUGUUUUAUCUGUAUCGACGCAUAUCCAAAUGAAAGCAGCCAUUGACGCCUGUUCGCAUUUUCUUGAGUCACAAAUUGAUUUGGAUAAUUGUGUUGCCAUCGCUGCGUUGGCAGACUUGUACUCUCUGGAACCACUCAAAAUGAAGGCCUACCGCUACAUGUGUUCACGACUCGAUGAGUUUGCGCAAACACCGGAUUUAUUAAGUCUCACAUUGGAUCAAUUUGAACAUGUACUUGCUUGUAAUUAUCCCGUGGAUUGCUCAGAACAAAGAGUUCUCGAAAUUGUACUGGAAUAUUGUUUAGAGUCUGACUUAAAGCCAGAGCUGACACGUCGUAUCUUUGGAAAGGUACAAUUUCAUCAAAUCGGUGCGUGUGCGCUGAAUGCCAUUAAGUCCAAAUGGAAUGCAGAACCUGAACCGAACUCGAUUGCAUCGGCCUACUACCGGAUAUUGAAAGAUGAAAUGAUUAAGCAAGAAAUGUUGAAGUUGCGAUUAUCCGAUGUUUAUGCAGAUGAUUUACUUUCCGCCGAGGUGUUAACGAACACUCGUGGCAUGGAGUUGGCCUUAGUAAAGAUUGGGGGCUUCGAAACAAAUGGACUCACAAAUCGUAUCAGUUGUUAUCUACCAUCCAAAGGAAAAUGGGAAAGUCUUACCGUUAUACCACACAUUGAACAAUGCAACUAUGGUACAGCAGUGCUCGGCAACGAUUUGUAUGUGGUAGGCGGCUCAUAUGAUGUCUGUCUCAAGGAGUACAUACAUCCAUUUGGCUUUCGCUACUGCCCCGCCAAGAACAAAUGGAAAAGUAUUGCGCCAAUACAAGCAGACCGUUGUCGUUUCUCCCUGAAUGCCAUGGGCAGUCAUUUUCUAUAUGCGGUGGGUGGAGUUUGUGAGCUAAACGAAAAUGAUGGCGGCGCCGAACUGUGGGCACACGAUAUGACAGUUUCGAAUUGUGAACGUUACGAUGCGAAUACCGACCGCUGGGAGUACUUGCCCGCGUUGUCGGAGAAUCGCAGCCAACAUGCGGGCGUUGUCUUGGGCGAUCAGUUGUAUAUAUCGGGUGGCAUUGACCGGCACAUUGUACUUGCCUCACUUUGGAGAUUCGACACGAAAUCUAACACAUGGCAUAAACUUUGCCCAAUGCCAACACCUCGUGCCGACCAUGUCCUGAUUGUUUUCGAUGGUCGCAUUUAUGCGUUUGGCGGUUGGUAUGAGGAUCCAGUGACUGAAAUGCGAGUAUUAGCUGAUGCCGUAGAUGUGUAUGAUGUAACCACCGACCAAUGGAUUACAGAAUCACGAAAUCCAAUGCCUAAGUAUUACACCGGCGUAGCGGCCGUCAAGCGAAAAGUUUACUUUAUCGGCGGUUUACUCUCAACGGCAACCAUUAAUCGCGCCACAUCCGCGGUACAGUCCUACGACUUGGACACAAAGCAAUGGGCCUUCAGUUCGGAGUGGGAGUAUCCAAAAGAGGUGUGGGAAAGCACUUGUGCGGCUUUUUAUGUGCCACGUGAACGUGAUAAUGUAAAGUACUACUGGGACGAUGUGUGAGCAAACAGCAAUUUAUUUAAUUUUGGUAGUCAAGGAAUAAAGAUAAGGUAUAUACAUAUGUGCUUAAAGCUUAUUUAAAAAAAAAAAAUUGAGUGAAAAAUUGGCGCUAAUUAUUUUUAUUUAUUGCAAAUUUUAAUCGCUUUUAUAAAACUUACCUCAUGAAAUUAAUUGUUUUGCCCAAGUGAAAUUAUAAUAGUGAAGGUACUUAAAAACGUAGAACUCAAACUGAACUCAAUGCUUCGAAAAUAAAUAUGUUUUAGAUGUGUCAAUAUAAUAUGUAUAUGAAUUUGUGAUUUAUAGCGUUGCUGAUUUCGUACAUACAUAUGUAUGUAUAUAUAUA